AUGCACUUAUGCUUUGCUAAACCCCAAAAAAAAAUUGGGAUUAAUUCGCGUCACAAUUUUCACAGCGAUCCAACUGCGCAAUUAGUGGAAAACAACAUUGUCUCGCUGGAGGACAGUUUGGUUUGGCCAAUUUUCCGUUGGAGUUGUAUCUUGGCUCUUGAACUGCCCUGUUUUUCAGGUGGAUGGCCCUGUUUUUCAGGUGGAUGGGGUGGGUCUUCUUCGAUUAUUGAUAAGUAUCAUCAGGAUGAAAGAGUGCCUCAAGUUAGUGCGAGUGCAAAGUCGAACUUCACUAAUUCAACUAAUCUCCGAUUUUUAUGGAUUGCAUUCUUCGGCGAUGAAAGCCUAAGUAGGGUUUCGCUGGCCGAGGGAUUUAUUCUGGAGCAGUAA